CCACUAUCCCACCAAACGCCAUCCAUCCCCAAACACCAGUGCCGACGCCGACGCCGACAUCGCCUUGUACAUACAUCUUAUAUAUCCUUUGUCGACUGCGGACAAGUCGAAAAAUCCAUAUACAGCUUCAACUGAUUCAUCUCAAGAACAACAAUACUACAGAUUGAGCCAACAUGCCGUCCUGGAAGCGACUGAUACGUUUUGAAGCCACCGAUGGAAGGAUACUGAGGGGUGAACCAGUUCUGCCAUCAGAGGACUUUGACGUCGGCAGUACGACCGAAGCUACUGGAUUGAAAGCCAAGGUGAUCGACGUGAAGGAUGGAGAUAUCUUUAGCGACGGGACAACUGUGACAAAUGAAGAGGUCACGGUGAAGAAGCUCCUGGGACCUGUUACCACCGCCGAGGUGCCAAUCAUCAGGUGCAUCGGACUAAACUUCAUCAAGCACAUUAAGGAGGGUGGACGAACAUUGCCACCAUACCCGGCGACGUUCAUCAAGGCGAACACCGCACUUAACGAUCACGGAGCACCAAUUGUCAUCCCUAAGCUUGCACAAGAUAGCCAAGCUGACUAUGAGGGAGAGCUUUGCUUCAUCAUUUCCAAGGACGCCAAAGAUGUCACAGAGGCCGAUGCUCCCAAUUACAUUGGUGGCUACUUCUCCGGUAACGACGUCUCUUCUCGCAAACUUCAACGAAACCCCGAACUCGCCGGCACGGUCCCUCAAUGGAACUUCUCGAAGGGCUUCGACACCUACUGCCCCGUAGGACCUCAGAUCGUCUCUCCGGAAGUUCUCCCGGAUCCAUCUGUCCUACAGCUCACUACCACUGUCAACGGUGAGAUUAGACAAAAUGAAACCAUUGAUGAUCUAUGCUUCAGGGUUCCCUACUUGGUGAGCUACAUCAGCCAAGGAACUACCUUGUCGAGGGGAACUAUCGUCAUGACUGGUACCCCAAGCGGUGUCGGAUAUGCUAUGAAGAACCCACAGUUUUUGCAGCCUGGUGAUCAGGUCGAGGUCAAGCUUUGGCCGCACAUUGGAACUCUUAAGAACCCGGUCGAGUAUGCCUCAACUGGCUUUGUGGUCCCUCCACAGGACAAGCAGUAGACAUGUUAUGUCUAAUAUAAAGAUUCAUUUACUGAUUCGCUGGUCUAUGGAGAUGUUCAAGGACUAGUAAUUAUACCUCUUUUAAAGUGUAAUAUUGAAAGACUACAUAUGCUUAUAAUUGGGCCAGUGACACAUUUCCCACGAAUGCAUCAGCAAAUGCAUCCUUGUGUUUCAAGAUUACAAACUAUAUAAUAUAUAAAUCUGUUUGAUACCGUCUUAAAUGUUGACAUCUUAUCGUUGCGACUACUCGUGGCUGUCCAAUUGUAUUAUCAGUCAUAACCAACUCAAUGGCCUGGUCAGUCAAUGUAGUCGCUUUCAACUGUAGGACUAUUAGAGCAUAGAAUCAAACGAGUAUCAAUUCCCUG